CUGUUUGGCAGUCUCUGACGUCACCGUCAUCUCCUGGCAGAAAACCGGGAUGUGACGGAUGCUGCUCCGCCGACGAGCCGGGAAACUGGGGAAUUUCACGGUAAACACGGUGGGAUAUCUUUACAGCGGUGAACGGGAGAACUAGGGCCCCCUGACGGACACCUGAAGGCGGGAACACCGACUCAAACAGACACGAUUUCUGUCGGGCUGCUGCAGCAACAUGAGCGGGGCUGCGCUCGGCAUCGAGAUCCUCCUGGUGUUUUUCCUGGCCCUGUUCCUGCUGCACCGCUAUGGAGACUUCAGGAAGCAGCAGCGCAUGGUGCUGUUCGGCACGCUGCUGGCCUGGUACCUGUGCUUCCUCAUCGUCUUCAUCUUACCUCUGGACGUCAGCACGACCAUCUACAGGCAGUGCCAGUUAGACCACGAGGAGCAGGUUUCCACCGUCAGCCCCAUCAAUCACACCACAGCCAACACGUCCGUCACACCCACUAAGAGGGUUUUGCAGCCGUGUUACAAACCAUGGAGCUACAUCCCCGAAGGCAUCAUGCCCGUCUUCUGGAGGGUGGUCUACUGGACGUCUCAGUGCCUCACCUGGCUGCUGCUGCCUUUCAUGCAGUCGUACGCUCGCUCCGGAGGCUUCUCCAUCACUGGCAAAAUCAAGACGGCGCUCAUAGAGAACGCCAUUUACUACGGUACCUACCUGCUGAUCUUCGGCUCGCUGCUCAUCUACGUGGCCGUCCAUCCCAAGCUGCGCCUCUCCUGGUACGAGCUGCAGACCAUCGGCAUCACGGCGGCCAACACCUGGGGUCUGUUCCUGCUGGUGCUGCUGCUCGGUUACGGCCUGGUGGAGAUCCCGCGCUCCUACUGGAACGCCUCCCAACACGGACACUUGCUCAUCAAGACCUACUUCAAGGCCUCCAAGCUGAUGACGGAGAAGGCGGAUGCAGAGGAGAACCUGGAGGACGUGAUGGAGGAGGUGAGGAAGGUCAGCGAGUCCAUCAAAUACAACCACCCGCUAAGGAAGUGCAUCGACACCAUCCUCAGAAAAUGUCCGCUGGACUACCAGGAGAAGAUGGGCAGGAACAUGGACGACUACGAGGACUUUGAUGAGAAACAGAACACCUACCCCACAGAGAAGAGCCUGGUGAAGCUGCACAAGCAGGUGAUCUAUGCAGUUCAGAGACACAACCGGACCCGGGUCCAGUGGCAGAUCCUCCUGCAGCAGGCCAUCCAUCUGGAGGAUGUAGCCAAGAACGAGACCAGCUCCAGCCACCAGUUUGUCCACAGCUUCCCGUCCUCUGAGCCGGUCGGCUGGUUCACCAGAUACAUCUACACCCCGACUGCAGAGUGGUACUGGGAGUGUCUCCUGAAGCGCUGGUUCUACCGGCUGCUGGCGGUGGUUCUGAGUCUGUUCAGCGUGGCCGUGGUCUGGUCCGAGUGCACCUUCUUCAGCACCCGCCCCGUCCUGUCCCUGUUCGCCGUCUUCAUCCAGCUGGCCGAGCGGGACUACAACUACCUGUACAUCGAGAUGGCGUGCUUCAUCACCAUCUUCUUCCUGUGCACGUGUGUUUACUCCACCGUGUUCCGGAUCCGGGUCUUCAACUACUACUACCUGGCCUCGCACCACCAGACCGACGCCUACAGCCUGCAGUUCAGCGGCAUGCUCUUCUGUCGUCUGACUCCGCCUCUCUGCCUCAACUUCCUGGGUUUGAUCCACAUGGACUCGGCCAUCUCCCACCAGCACAAGCUGCAGACGGCUUACACCUCGAUCAUGGGAUCGAUGCGGGUCCUGUCCUUCAUCGCUGACGGGUUCUACAUCUACUACCCCAUGCUGAUCGUCAUCCUCUGCAUCGCCACCUACUUCAGUCUGGGAACUCGCUGUCUGAACCUUCUGGGCUUCCAGCAGUUUGUGGGCGAUAAUGAGAUGACGUCGGACCUGAUUGAUGAGGGGAAGGAGCUGAUCCGACGCGAGAGGAGGAAGAGGCAGAGGAUCGAAGAUGGAGAGACCAGACGGAGGGAGUGGAAGGAGCGUUAUGGAAACCAGAGAGAAGACUACACGGCGAGGAACAGGAGCAGCCACGAGAUGAAGGAGACCAGUUACUCCGACUCGGUGAACUCCAGCAGCAGACAGGCCAAGUACUCUCGCUCCGGAGGCCGAGCAGAGAGGGACUGCAUCGAGCUGCUGCAGGAUGCCGAACCUUUAGACUUCAACGCCGACACUCUGACAGACGACGCUGUGGACGGCGAGUCUGGCAGGCACGCAGGAGGACGCUAUCUGUCCAUGUCGUCCUCUCGGAGCAGAAUCUUUGACGAUGUCUAACUCUGGGACGGAGUCUGAUGGAGCAUCUCCGUCUUCACAUCCACUGAUGCAGCGCAUGAACUCCACAUCUCAGCUGUUUCCUGUCCUCCCAGCAUGCACUGUAAUAACCGAACGGUUCAGGUCCACCUGAAACAUCUCGCAGUCGCCACAUCCAACAUGGCUGCUGGUCGGUGGAGCACACUGAAGGAACAUUCCUGCUGUCUCUGUCUUUUCUAUGAACGCUGCUGCAGCAGAUGCAGCGCUGUGAGCGUCUGAGCAUGCUCAGUGUGAAUCUGCCCUGUGUUAACGGUUUGAUGAAGGUCCUUGUUAGUUUAACGUUUAUUUAUAUUUUUUAUUAUGUCUUCAUGUUGUAGAUUUAUUGAACUGUAUGAUCCUCACUGAAAACUUCAUCUGCACUUAAAAAAUGUCUCAACUACUUUACCUUCAGUCCUGAGAGCAGGUCCGGUUUCCAUGUCGACACGUGAUGAAGAGGCGGAAUCAUGUGACCGGAAGCUGACGGACCAUCGACACGCUGCACAUGUUGUGUUUAAAGACCAGCGGCAGAAUGUUUGUUGUUGUGUUUUCAUCUGUUUCUACGUCUCAGAAGGAAUCUUCACCGUCCGCACGUCCGUCUCCAUUUAACUCCACAAACCUGUACAGGAAACCUGUUUUACACCUGAACUGCUUUUAGUUAAAAACGUGGGGUGAGAGCGGAUCCCUGAGGAACACCAGGAGUCUGUCAGAGGGACGGUUGCCAUGGUUACGCUCUCAGCUGUCAGCUUCAGCUCAGAAGUAAACAGUUACUGUCGGUUCAGCAUCUGCAGCCCCUCCACCAAGAAAAAGCCGUUGUCAUGGUAACCAGGAGUGGUCUAAAGCGGUUAAAAUGUCCUGAGAGCAUCGAACAUGUUAAAGAUCCCGACAUGAAGUCCACACAGUCAGAAUGCUGAUGAUGAAGCAGGACUGAGCCCAUCUUCAUCAGCCUCCUCUGUAGAAAUGUAAAUGUCUUUUUUUAUCAUCCGGGCUGAGUAAUGAUGUAGAAACAGGUGAGUUUGUAAUGAAGUUGUAGCAGCAGCAGCAGUGCUGGUUGUCAUGGUGAUGAAUAUUUGCGUCUUCUGUGAGAAAAUAAACUCGAUCAGAGUCUCGUGGCGGUCCUGGUUGUUGUCCCUGAGACGAGGCGUGUGAUGAUGGACUGAAUGAACUGAAGCUGCUUCUGUCUCGUCCCUCUUUAUUAAAACGAGUUCAGAUCAGAAACAGACGGUUUUUACCUGCAGCUGGAACUCAUCUGCUCUCUGGAUGCUUCACAUUGUUUUAUACAUUUCUGGAGAAAACUUAUUUUUAUGUUCAGCAGUGAAUUUAAGUGUUUAAACUACUCUGAGUUGUUAUUGGUGGUAAAGCAUUCCUCAUUUA